AUGUCGGCGAAAGAGGCUGCUCAUGAAGAGGCCACUCCCAAGACGGUGACCACUUCGCUCCUGGAAGGCUUCGCAAACGUGGACACGCGGGACUUAAUCCAGCAGAACGUCUACGUCAUCCUGGGACACGGGCGGUACCAGCGGAUCAUCCUGGUCAGCACCUUCGUCGCUGCCACUGUGGUGCUGCUGCAGUCGUUCGCCUAUUACCUCAUCGGCCGUCCCGUAGACCAUUGGUGCCAGCCGCCCGACGACCUGCGUCACCUCGGUGUCCAGGGCUGGAAGAACGUCGCAAUACCCGUGCUGGCCGACGGCAGCUUCAGCAAGUGCACCGUAUACGAGCCCCCUCUACCGGGAGAAGACCAGGAUGAGCGUAGCGUAGUACCGUGCAAUCGGUGGGACUACGACACCGAGAAAGACGGCAAAAGCAUCGUCAGCAUGUGGAACUUGGUGUGCACUCGCGACUGGCUCUACUCCGUAUCGAAAUCCACGUUCGGACUGGCCCCCAUGCUAUUCGUUCCCAUCGCCGGAAUCGCAGCAGACCGCGUGGGUCGCAGACCAGUAUUGUCGACGUGCGCCAUCUCCACAUUGCUCGGCAGCCUGGUGGCCGCGGCGUCUCCCUCUGCGGGAAUAUUCAUCCUGUCGCGCCUUGUCACUGCUGCCAUGGCAAGCGCAACAAUGCUGAAGGCCUUGACUGUGCUCUACGAAGUGACCGGGAAUGAGCACCGGGCUACGUACAUAUUGACAGCCAGCGGCAUCGCCAUGCUUGUGACGUCUCCGCUGGUGCAGCUUCUUUCGACGCUGAAGCCAAGGUGGGUGCUCUCACAAGCCCUGCUCGUCACGGUCACGGCGAUAAUGGUCUCUUGGUGCUAUUACCUAGAUGAGUCCCCCGUUUGGCAGAUUGCCGCGUGGAGGCUACGAGCAGCUGAAUUCACCGUACUCCGAGCAGCCCGGAUAAACGGCAUAGAAGCUCACAAGGCCACAGCAACAUUUCAGGCGUUGAAACAGCAGCUCCUGAAGCGGGAUACCAACACCACGUCGGUGACUGCUGGCGCUACGAGCAUACUCCGUUCGGCAUCCCUUCGGCGGCGCGCAUUUUCUGCACUCGUGACGUGGUUUAGCGUGAGCUUUGCACUCUAUGCCUCAGGCUUGGGUGCCCCGCUCGAAGAAUUGUGGGCUCUCGCAUCUUUUCUAUGCAAUGGGCUCAUUCUCAUCAUAGCCUUUUAUGGCAUGAAGCAACGAGGCCACCGCGUGACUCUGUCAGGCUUACUAGCUUACCUCGGCGCCUCAAGCGUGCUGCAGAUGGUACUCUCGCAUUGGACCUGGGUCGCCGUACUUCCUCUGCCGAGGAUAAUGAUGUCCAGUGCGUCAGCGAUCGCCAUGUUUCUGAACUAA